AUGGGAGCCGUCCCUUCGGUUAAUCUAGCUACUAUAAACCAUGUCACUGAAAAUUUCUCCGAAAGUAACAUUAUUGGUCAAGGUGGAUUUGGCGUUGUUUAUAAGGGCCAGCUCACUGACGGAAGAAUGAUUGCUGUUAAGCGGCUUAAACAGUCGGCUCUCACCAGAAAAGGAAAGAAAGAUUUCGCUAGAGAAGUUGAAGUGAUGGCCGGGCUCCGGCACAACAAUCUCGUUCGUCUCCUCGCAUACUGCAAUGAAGGAAAAGAGCGGAUACUAGUUUACGAAUACAUGCAGAACAAGAGCUUGAACGUCUACAUAUUUGGCACACCUAGCCUUCGUACUUCAUUGAACUGGGCAAAGAGACUUGAAAUAAUCCAUGGUCUCGCGCAUGGUAUCUCGUACCUUCACGGUGGAUCAGGCGAGAGUGUAAUCCACAGGGAUCUCAAACCAGGCAAUGUUCUUCUAGACGAUGAAUGGAAGGCUAAGAUAGCAGACUUCGGCACUGCCAAGCUAUUCGCCAUUGAUCAAACAGGGCCUGAUCAGACAGUCGUUGUUUCACCGGGAUAUGCAGCGCCAGAGUAUGAGAGGCAAGGAGAGAUGACGCUAAAAUGUGAUGUCUAUAGCUUUGGAGUUAUCCUCUUGGAGACACUAAGUGGGCAAAGGAAUGUCAGCAUGCAGAGGCUACUUUUGAACGCUUGGGGUCUCUGGGAACAAAACAAGACUAUAGAACUUCUCGACACAACAAUAUCAUUGCCACUUUCUGAGUCUGAGCCUGAGCUCUUGUCUGAGCUCAAACGAUGCAUACAGAUUGGACUUCUUUCUGUCCAGGAUAUUCCCAGCGACAGGCCAACCAUGUCUACAAAUGUCGCCAUGCUAACAAGCACUGCUUCGCUGAUUAAUCGGCCGGGAAGGCCGACCAUGGAUAACACGGCUAUGCAUUCGUCCCAUGAGCUUGAAUCCAACCUCUCGAGCCCGAGUACAGAUGAUCUGACAUAA